UAGAUGGAUGGAUGAAUUUGCUUCUAUCUAAGGGCAGUACAGACAUUUCAACACACAACACUUUCCAGAAUCUCAAACUACAAUCUCUGAAAAGAACUCGACCACAGAUUCUGGGAGAAGCAGAUUCUGGGAGAAUUUUCCAUAAUCCUGAUUCUCUAGAAUCCAGGGUGAAAAGAACUGGGCCCUCCUCUCGCUAAACCAGAUCGGAUCGAGGGCUACAUCGUCGAGGGGCUCCACCAGAUCGAGGGCUGCGCCGCCGGGGGGCUCCACCGGAUCGAGGGUUGCGCCGCUGGAUCGGAUAGAGGGCGCCACCGGGUCGAGACGGACGAAGCAACGACAGAGGCUCCUGACCUCGACGGAGGAUCGCUGCUGACCUCGACGGAGACUCCCUCCUCCAACCGCGACGGCGACUCCCUCCUCCUCCUCCACGGCUCGCUCCUUACCUCGACGGAGGGUCGCUCCUGAUCUUGACGAAGGCUCUCUGCUGACCUCGACGGACACUCCCUCCUCCAACCGCGACGGCGACUCCCUCCUCCUCCUCCACGGCCUCCUCUGCUCCAUCGAAGCGCGAAGGACACAAUCAAGAACGGGAAGCCGCGACCAGGACGGACAUCAGCUCCUUCUUUGGUGACUUUCCCCUCAGCUAGGCUGCAGGGUCACCCACUAGAACGGAUCCUGGGAAAAUGGUGCUCACCCUUCUCCCAACCUUAUCAUUGCCGGUUUCACGGGCCACUGCAUUCCUCCUCGGAACCCCACUAAAAUCCUUCCGGUCUCACCAUCCACUUCUACGCAGCCUCCUCGCUUCUGCUUCUUCCCUAUCAGCCCCUCCUACUGCCCGCUCCCUCAUCACUAUGGCCUCCGCGUCUAUUCCUGCCCGCCGGGACCUCCUCAUGCUCGGCAUUGAGACCAGUUGCGACGAUACUGCCGCCGCUGUGGUCAGAGGCGAUGGGGAGAUCCUUAGCCAAGUGAUUGCUUCCCAAUCAGAUUUGCUUGUGAAAUGGGGCGGUGUUGCUCCUAAGAUGGCCGAAGAAGCUCAUGCUCUUGCAAUUGAUCAGGUUGUUCAGAAAGCACUCGAUGACGCAAAUGUGUCAGAGAGUGAUCUUUCUGCUGUGGCUGUGACCAUUGGACCAGGACUUAGUCUAUGCCUUAGAGUUGGUGUUCACAAAGCUCGAAACAUAGCAAAAGUAUUUCGCUUGCCUAUUGUUGGAGUUCACCAUAUGGAGGCGCAUGCAUUAGUUUCCAGGCUAGUGAACAAGAACCUUGAUUACCCGUUUUUGGCUCUUCUAAUUUCAGGAGGACACAAUCUUCUUGUUCUUGCUCAGAACCUCGGCGAGUAUGUUCAACUGGGGACUACUAUAGACGAUGCAAUUGGUGAGGCAUAUGACAAGUCAGCAAGAUGGCUGGGUCUUGAUAUACGGAAAGGUGGUGGUCCUGCUCUUGAAGAGCUUGCCCUAGAAGGCGAUCCAAAUUCUAUUAAUUUCAGAGUUCCGAUGCGACAACACAAAGAUUGCAAUUUCUCCUAUGCUGGUCUCAAGACUCAAGUUCGAUUAGCCAUUGAAUCCAGAAAUCUGCGCACAGAUGAUAUCCCCAUUUCUUCUGCAACAGAGGAAGACAGGCAACUAAGGGCAAACAUUGCUGCCUCUUUUCAGCGGAUAGCUGUUCUACAUUUGGAGGAUAGAUGCCAGCGAGCAGUUGAAUGGGCAUUGAAGCUGGAGCCUUCUAUUAAACACUUUGUUGUUUCAGGUGGUGUUGCAUCGAACCAGUAUGUUAGGGCCCGCUUGAAUGAUAUUGCUGAGAAGAAUGGCCUACAGCUUGUAUCCCCUCCACCAAGUCUUUGUACUGACAAUGGUGUCAUGAUUGCUUGGACUGGAAUCGAGCACUUUGUUGCCGGUAGAUUUGAAGAUCCACCUCUGGCAGAUGAGCCUGAUGAUAUGCAGUACGACUUGCGUCCAAGAUGGCCUCUUGGCGAAGAAUAUGCAGAAGGAAGAAGUGUUUCACGAUCAUUGAAAACAGCUAGGAUCCAUCCAUCACUUACAUCCAUGACGCAGAGCUCUCUCCGCAGCUAGUUUGUUGAGACCAUCCAUCUUGGCCGCUUGCUGCCAUUGAGUUCCACAUCGACUUUAUUUUGUCAUUGCAGUAAUUAGCUGCAAAGGCUUGAGCUGAUUAGCUGUUCAUUAGUUCAGUGUACAUCUGAGAAGCAAUAAACCAGCCCUGUUCAUGUACAAGUUGUUUACGGCUCCAUGACUCGAUACUUGAAUCUGUAUCAUAUUUAUACAUACAAGGUACUUCCUCCGAUCCGAAUUACUUAUCACACAAAUGAAUAAAAAUGGAUGUAUCUAGAACUAAAA